UGAUAUAUUUAAAUUACAAUAUUAUUGUAUUAUUGGAAAUUAUGUGAGUUGAAUACCAAAUGGGACAAACAUAUAGAAAUAGAGGGAGUACAGGCCUUAUAUAAAGUGUUCAAAGAGAGCCUAAGAAGGAUAUAUAUACCCUCACAACUUGUUACAAACCAAGCAUUCAACAAACAUGGGGAGGAGACUCUUGCUCACAAACUCCUUCCUCUUCAUCAUUUCACUCCUAUCUUUCCUCCUACCCUCAUUGCACGCGCUGCCCUUAUCGACAAAUUCACGAUGGAUUGUCAACAACACGGGGCAGCACGUAAAGCUGGCGUGCAUAAACUGGUCAUCACACCUAGAGUUGAUGGUGGCAGAAGGGCUAACAAAACAGCCAGUUGAUGUAAUAUCAAAGAAAAUAAAAGACAUGAAAUUUAACUGUGUUAGGCUAACUUAUCCUAUUUAUUUGGCAACCAAUAAAACCUUGGCUUCUCAAACUGUAAGACAGUCUUUUCUAAAUGCUGGUCUUUCCAAAUUCAUUCUUGCUGAUUUACAAGCUAAUAAUCCCUCCAUUAUUGACCUCUCCCUCAAUGAUGCUUUUCAGGCCGUUGUGGCAAGCCUAGCGAAGAAUAAUAUUAUGGUAAUUUUGGAUAAUCAUGUAAGUAAACCGGCGUGGUGUUGUGGUUAUGACGAUGGCAAUGGCUUCUUUGGUGAUCAAUACUUCAACCCUAAGCUUUGGAUCAAGGGCUUGACUAAAAUGGCCGCACUUUUCCAAGAAAAUCCAUACGUUGUUGGUAUGAGUCUAAGGAAUGAACUCCGAGGACCAAGCCAAAAUACGAAAGAUUGGUAUAGGUACAUGCAAAGAGGAGCGGAGGCAGUGCAUAAAGCCAACCCGAAUGUACUAGUAAUUCUUUCCGGUCUAAGCUAUGACACAGAUUUAAGCUUCCUCAGGACAAAGCCGGUAUCUCUAAGUUUCACAGGAAAGUUAGCAUUUGAGGUGCAUCAGUAUUCCUUCUCAGCAGGGCUAGAUUGGAAGACUAAGAACGCAAACCAAGUUUGUGGGAAUAUGACCAACAACCUGAUGAAAAAUGCUGGAUUUCUACUUGAUCAAGGCUAUCCUUUGUUUGUAGGAGAGUGGAGUGUAGCCUUGAGUAGUAUAUCUCAGAGUGACACAAAAUACUUGAAUUGUUUGCUUGCGUUGGCAGUUGAACACGACUUAGAUUGGGCGUUAUGGACAUUGGCUGGAAGCUAUAAUUUCAAAGAUGGAAUUCUAGGCAAAAAUGAGCGCUUUGGAUUGCUAACUCAGAAUUGGACUGAUGUUCGUAACAAAAGUUUCUUGCAGAAGAUAUCUGUUAUCCAAUCCCCUCUUCAAGGUCCAGAAACUUCAUAUCGCCAGUCACACAAGAUUAUAUAUCACCCAUCAACAGGACUCUGCAUCCUAAAAAAACCAGUAAUGGGAAUAAAGCUUGGAAAUUGCUCUGAAUCCGACCAUUGGACCUACACACCCCAAUAUACCCUAGACAUAGAGGGUUCAUACCUCUGCUUAAAGGCAAAAGGUUUGAACCGUCGUGCUAAGCUUACCAUUGACUGCCAGAGAAGAGGAACGACAUGGGCUCCUAUCUCAGCCUCGAAGCUCCAUCUUGCAACUAGAUUGAGCAAGAACACUACUGCUUGCUUGGAUGUGGAUUCUGAUUACAAUCUCGUUACCGCCACAUGCAAGUGUUUGAGAAGCAACGAUACGUGUGAUCCUGGAAGCCAGUGGUUUAAGAUUGCUGAUGCUAAUGAUUUUUACUACUAGCUAGUUGAAAAAAUACAUUUUCGGAUGUAAUCUAAUUCCCUAGAAUAAUGGCUAGUAUAUUGUCCUUAGCAAAGUCAUUAGAAACCAAGCAAUGGUCUUUCACUAGAUUUAACUUUUCAAUAGUGAAACAUAUACAAGAGGAAAGAUUCACCCUUUGAAAUGUUAUAAUCAUGGUAGCUAUAAUACAGUAAGCAGGACUGC